CAACGCCUGCCCACACCAAUUGCGGCCACACCACCACCGCCUCGCAAAUAAAACCCACGUGUCUUUCCUAACCAUACCGGCCACCGUACCAUCAGAUCAGAGCAACGCUCUGCACUCGCUACAAUGGCGACGCGGGCACGCCGAGCUCUCAUCUCCCUCCUCGCCCUGCUGCUCGUCUCAGCCAGCGGUGUGGCGUCCAAGUCGUUCGCCAUCACCAACAACUGCGAGUACACGGUGUGGCCGGGCAUCCUCUCCAGCGCGGGCUCCCCGGGGAUGGACAGCACCGGCUUCGCGCUGGCCCCGGGGGAGUCGAGCACCAUGCCGGUGCCCGCGGGGUGGUCGGGGCGGCUCUGGGGCCGGACGCUCUGCUCCACGGACCCCGCCGGCAAGUUCGCGUGCGUGACCGGCGACUGCGGCUCCGGGCGGCAGGACUGCGCCGGCGGCGGGGCCGCGCCGCCCGCCACGCUGGCGGAGUUCACCAUGGACGGCAACGACGGCAUGGACUUCUACGACGUGAGCCUGGUGGACGGCUACAACCUGCCGAUGCUGGUGGCGCCGGAGCAGGGCGCCGCGGCGGCGGGCGCGGGCGCGGCGGGCGGCAACUGCGCGCCGACGGGGUGCGUGGUGGACCUGAACGGCGCGUGCCCGGGCGACCUGCGCGUGUCGUCGACGACGGCGGGGGCGGGCGGCGUGGCGUGCAAGAGCGCGUGCGAGGCGUUCGGGACGGCGCAGUACUGCUGCAGCGGCGAGUACGGCAGCCCCGGCACGUGCCGGCCGUCGGCCUACUCGCAGUUCUUCAAGAACGCGUGCCCGCGCGCCUACAGCUACGCCUACGACGACGCCACCUCCACCUUCACCUGCGCCGGCGGCGUCUCCGCCUACGCCAUCACCUUCUGCCCCAGCACCACCAGCGUGAAGUCGGCCGGGUCGAACCCGCAGGCGCCGGCGGGCCUGCCGCUGAUCAACGGCACCAUGGUGUACCAGGGGGGCGACCAGUUCGCCGGAGCGGCCGCAGCCGCGCGGCCGUCUCUGGACCUCGUCGCCGUCCUCGUCGGCGUGGCGGCGCUCGCGCUCGCGCGCCCCACGCCGCAGUGAUCGACCACUCAACAGUGCCGCCGGCCGCGGGCCAUGACAUGAGAUAAUCAUGCGUGUGAGUGAUGCGCACGCGCACCCACCCGAAACAGAGAGAGGACAUGGGGACGAAACGGACGCGUGACCUGCCGGCCGGCCGACCUGACGGUGCGGUGGGCCCACGCGAUGUGAGAUUUGAAAUUUGCUCAAGAGACGAAACGCGCGUAUGGACGGGCAUGCACGAGCUCCGCUCCCUGUUGCGGCUCGGCGGCAAAGAAAUGCAUGGCUCUGGAUUAGUUAGGCUAAUUUGAAAAUUGAUGUACUAUACAUUAGACAGUUUUAUUUAUAGGUAUUUUUAUGUUUUAUAUGAUCAAAUAAGUGGACUUAGUUUCAUAUUUUUAAUUAAUGUAUUUGGGUUUGUAAAUUAGUUUGGGCACUGACCAUUGGAAUCUGGUGGACGUGGCGUGAUGUGUACGAAUCUUGAAGUGUAUGGUUGCAGUUUAGGGUGUAUGUUUAUGGACAGAUGCAUACAUAAUAAACGUCUUUUUCUUC